AUGUUAGUCUUAGGGCCUUUAUUACGCAGUACUGUACAUAGUUUAGUAUCUCUACAACAUCAAUUUCAAUUUAUUAGAUAUGCCCUUGGCUGGAUAGCUGCAGUUUCUGCUGCUGUCGGCGCCGGAACAACGAAGUGCCUGUAUCCGCGGAGAAUCCUCCUGAGAGAAGGAAGAACUUUCAAGCUUCCCGCUGCCAAACAUGCAUGCACAGCGAUCCUUGUAUGUAGUGCUACCCUGCUGCUUCGCCUUCCCCAACAAGGUGCUUGCAUCGUGUAGACCGCAGCACCAGCUCGAGCAGCUUUUUUUCUUCCCUGACUCAGGAUUCUUUGCUUACCCUGGAUAGUACGAUGACGUUGGAGAGGAGGACGAAGGCGAACGAAGUCCAACGACGUCGUGAUCAUGGUGCGCGACGUGCUAGCCUCGCGUCUUGCCAGCUCGACCGUAAAAUUUUCCUGCAGAGUUUCAGUUUGCAGCUUCCGCACCGUAGAUCUUGGCUCUGGGGGUGCAGCGUGCGCGGGGGUCGCCGAUUGCGCACUCGUUCAAGUUCUCUAUCCGCGACCUCCUUUAGCUUAGUGCACUAUUCACAUGCUUGGUUCAUUCUUCCAACAAGGAUAAUGGAUAGACGCUAUAUGUAUGAAUGUUGACGAGCAUGCGUGCGCUGCUUGAUGACCAAUAAAAAUGAAUACUAUACGUACAUAAAAAUGAAAAAUAGAAAUACAACUUCGCUUUAAUUUUUGUAAUUUCAGGCGCCCGUCGCGGCCGUGUCCUCAUCCUAAAUGAAAAUCUGACUGAAACGCAAACAUUAUUCAUUAGCAUUGAGAUGAAAGGAAUCGCGUGUUGAAGGUGGCCCCUUCCUCUCUGGAGGACGAUAUCAACGAAAGAUGAAGCAGGCUGUGAAAACCUUGACUUCAGAAAAUCGGGGCGGAAGUAAGUACAU